AUGUCCUCUCCACGACCACCACCAGAUGUGCUUGACCAAGGGCGCGCGGCCGAGACCGAGCGUCUGCACCCGCAUGACGAACCAAUGAUUACAACCGAGAGCUCCGAGAGCUCCAGCGUACCCCAACCCCAGCACGUCGAUGAGAGCUCUAGCACAGCCAACGUGACCAACGAUGGGGACAAUGCCAGGUCUCCACCUCCCCCAAACCCCGCUCUUACCUCUGCCACAACCCCACCUCCCAACCCCUCCAGCUCGGCGUCGCCACCCGCCGCUCCACAUGGUGCCGCGCCAGGCACGGCCUCGUCCCCGAACCGCCGGCUCGCACCACGCCCCCUUUCAUCCGUCUCCUUCUUCUUACCCUUCAGCGGACAACGAGCUGGUCCUGAUGCACCACAAGUAGGCCUGACGUGGACGCUCGAGGUGUUCGGCAACGACGAGGAGGGCGGCGGCGGCGGCCCCCCUGCUCCCGGCCCUGAGGGGACGCCGAACGUGGAAGCGAGCGCCGACACAGCAGCCCAGGCCCAGAACACUCCGGCACCCGAGGCGGCGGACCCGACCGCCGCGGACGGCGCCGGGCAAGGAGCCAACCCACCACCCAACCCACAAACCCAGGAGCGUGAUGGGCCGACGCGCUCCAUCUUCUUCAUCGUCGGGCCCGAUGGGACGAUGCGCAGGGGUGACGGAGCCGUUGACGACACUGCACCUCAGCUCUUCCCAUUCCCGUUCCCCUUCGCCUUCCCGUUCCAGGCUGGACCGCCACCGCCCGACCCAGCCAAGGCAGCUGAGCUUCUCAACUCGCUCCCGACCGUGGGCCGUGCACUCCUUAAACGUGUCGACAAGGUCGUGACUGCUGAGGGACAGCGCGACGACGGCGACAGCUCGGGCUGGCAGUGCGGUGUCUGUCUCGAGGGCAUCGACGUUGGGGAGACCGUCAAAGCACUACCCUGCAACCACCUGUUCCAUGAGGCUUGUCUCCAGCCGUGGUUCACGAACCACCACCACAACUGCCCUACCUGCCGUCUUGACCUCGACCCUUUACGCACUCUCCAUGAACCUGCUCGACGCGCGCCACUGCGCCCGACGACGACGGGCUCGGGACGCGGCACGCCAGCGGCCCGUGCGCCCCACCCGUAUGCGCGCCCUGGCGCCGCCGGAGCUGCGAACACCGAGGGCCGCCGCAGCCGGCCGGGGAGUAACGCACCCACCCAGCCCACCACGCCGCAGAACGAACGCGCCGACGGGGCAGGCAAUGACCGCCUCGAGGUGCCCAUGAACCCGAUGGAUAUGGCGCUCGACAUCGCGCGAAUGCUCGGUCUCCCUAUCGGAUCGCCAGCUCCCAUGCGCGAGGGCGAGCAGCGUCGCGAGGAGGGUGAUGGUGAUGGCGAGCGCGUCAACCAGAACCAGGAGGAAGCUGCAGCUGUCCCCAGUGGGCCUGCUGAGAACAUUGCCGCCGAGCAGCCGCGGUCUCCACCUCACGACGGCCUCCAGCGACCCACGCCCCAGCGUCGCCGGCACAUUACCGUCUUCCACAUUGGAGGCGACGGAGGCGUGCACGAGGAGACGCACAUGCGUCAAGCCGCGGCCGACCGGGACCCUCAGGCCGAGGGCGCACAAGCUCGCGAAGGCACCCCUGCCAAUGCACCCGAGGCUCCAGAUACCGCUCCUGCUCGCGAGGACACACCAGCUUGGGCGCCAGGACUCUUCGGCCUCAAUCCGCUGGCAGGGGCAGCGAUGGACUGGGGAACGUUCAUGACCGGCGGCGGUGUGGGCGCGAACACGCCCAAUAACGCCGGGACACCGGCUACUGGCGCGGCCCCAGUGAACGCGGAGGCACAAGCUGAGACACGUCCUGCCGGGCUUGCACCCGUUGGCGCUGUACCUCCGCGCCCAACGAACGCCGGUGCCGGCGCUCCAGCUCCGAACCGCGAAGGCGCAGAGGGCAACGCCGGGACAGGCACAUUCCGCUUCCCGUUCGAGUUCAUGUUCGUCCGGCCACCUCCGGGCGGACCGCCCGAGGAACCGGUCCAGCCUGAGAACCAGGCUCCUGUUCCUCAGUCGACGUUUGUCCCGCAAACACUGGAAAGCUGGACUGCGCAGCGCGAGAAGAGCCUCGGAUGGCGCUGCGACGCCAUCGAGUGCCUUAUUGCCCCUCCUGUUCCGGACGCAGAGUUGAUGGACGUCGACGACGACGACGAGACGGAGACGGAGACUGAGACUGAGGCCGAUGCAGGCGACAAGGAGAUGCUGGCCAUCUACGCCGAGAACCAGGCGCCCUUCCCUCCCCGCGAGAAACCCGAGGACGAGCCGCAUACCGGACAUGAGUUUGUGCUCCUCUCCUGUCCACACCGCUGGCACCGCGCUUGUCUCGAGACAGCUGCGCGCAGUGCCGGACACUCGAUGGUGCCGGAUGCGAGCGGGCGUGAGUGGAUCCGCUGCGCGCGGUGCCGCAAGGAAGGCUGGAUUGUGCCCCGCGAGACCAAGACCGAGACGGAGACGGAGAGGGUUACGCUUUCUUGA